AAUUCCUUGUGGGAUAUGUUGGUGUUUAAUCGUGUGAAAGCCAAACUUGGUGGAAGAGUGAGAGUGAUUGUUACUGGUGGUGGUCACGUUUCGCAAUCAACACUUGAUUUUCUACGUAUAACCGUUGGAUGUCAAGUGAUUCAGGUUUACGGGUUGACUCAAUGUAGUGGAGUGGUAACGGUGAAUGUUUUCUACGAUUAUCAAUCAGAUGGCGAUCAUUCACAUUGUGGAGGACCAUUACCGUGUAAUGAAAUCAAGUUGGUGGAUUGUUUGGAGAAAGGGUACUCGGUAGAGGAUUUGCCGAAUCCUAGAGGAGAAAUCUGCGUACGUGGUACGAAUGUAAUGAAAGGUUACUAUAAAAAAGCAGAAGAAACGUCGCAGGCCAUUGAUGCGGAUCGAUGGCUACGAACUGGCGAUAUCGGAAUGAUACUACCAAACGGAACACUGCGAAUUAUUGAUAGGAAGUCGUGGCUACAAGACUCCAUUAAAAAUGGCCUCAUCAAAUUCUUUGACUUCAGCGAGUUCAGCGACGUCAAGGUGGUGGCCCGAGGUGCUUUCGGUGAAGUUUCGAAAGCGUACUGGAACAGCGGUGAGAAAACGGUAGCAUUGAAAACUUUAUAUAACAGUCCCGAACUGGAAAAUGACCAGGCAUUUAAUGAUUUUAUUAACGAGUUUCAGUUGAUUCGUUCGGUCGAUUUUCACGAUAACGUUAUAAGAUUCUUUGGUUUAAGCCAAGAUAUCACAAAUAAUCGAUAUUUCAUGGUCUUACAAUACGCCAAUGGCGGAAAUCUACGUGAUUUUCUGCGUAAAAAUCAUAAGGAUCUUGAUUGGUCUAAAAGAAUAGAAAUGGGAAUAAAUAUAGCGAGUGGUCUUAAAUGUAUACACGAGCGUGGUAUCGUGCACCGAGAUUUGCACUCCAAAAACAUACUCGUGCAUGACGGAAAAAUGAUGAUAACUGAUUUUGGUUUAUCAAAAGCGGGUCAGGCAAAUUCAAAUUCCGCGGUGGUGGGGAUGGCUGGUUACGUGGAACCACAAUGUUUCUCGAAUUCAAAACACAUAUACAAACGGGACAAGAAAUCUGACAUAUAUAGUUUGGGCGUACUAUUAUGGGAGAUAUCAAGCGGGGUACCCCCAUUCAAAGAUCUGGAAAUGUUGCAAAUUAUUAAGGCGGUGGAAGUUGGUGCGAGAGAAGAACCGGUUGAGGGUACUCCCAUAGACUAUCUAAAAAUCUAUGAAAGUGCUUGGAAUCAGGAUCCAUCACAGAGACCGGAAAUUGAACAGAUACGUAGAGAUUUGGAAAAUGUACGACUGUCGCCAGUAUAUGAUAACAAUUAUCGAGCAAGUCUGAAACCAUCGUUGCAAACAUUAGCGCAUCAGGGAAAAAUUCAAUACCUUCCUCCUCAGAAUCAAGGACCGUACAGUAACAAUCCCUCACCUUUACAGCCACCUCAGAUGAACAAUGUUGCUAGUUAUCAAGCAACUCCUAGCGGUGGGAACAAUAUAUAUAAUGGAUUGCCAAAUCAAGCAUACAACGUUCAGGAGUAUCCCCCACAGGGUCUAGCCAAAAAUCAAGCGUACAAUGUUCAGGAGUAUCCCCCACAGGGUCUAGCCAAAAAUCAAGCGUACAAUGUUCAGGGUUAUCCCCUUCAAAGUUCGGAUAGAAAUCAGGCGUACAAUGUUACGGGGCACGUCCCACAAAGUCUAGAUCAAAAUCAGAAUCCUUACCGCCCUUCACAAAAUUCUUCAAGAAGAAGUUCGGUACAACAAGAUGAACCGAGUAAUUCGUUUCCGGGUGCACGUCAAGAGAAUGUUCAAGUGGCGUCUCGUCCGCAAAGAACUACCUCCAUUCCUACAAAUUAUUAUAAGAAUGGAAAUAACGCUUAUCCAUCGGUGACUCCAAAUAAUCCUUCUGGUUUAAUAUCACCGCAAUCACGACCCCAACAAAUCAAUUAUAACACUCCCCCAAAUAUCAAUGACACGUACAAUCAGAAUUUGAUGUACUCCCAAAAGAGACCUUACCCACCGCCGGGGCACAAUGUAAAUCCUGUACAAUCUGCUUACGGACACAGCCAACCGCAAAAUACGACGCAGAAACCUGUACAUUCUGACGGAAUGAUUCAUCAUAAUAACAAUAAUUCAUAUUCUAAUCGGCCACCGCCACCUCCACCUCAUCAUUACUACCCAAAUAGUAAUCCACCGAUUUCUCAACAGCAACCAAAUUAUUCCUACCCUGGAGAUUUAAUCCAUUCGCAGAAUGCAUACAACUAUGACCCGCAAAGCGAAUAUUCCUCAAGUAAUUAUGAACACUCCCAACAACAAAAUUACCCACCCCAAAGUCAGUCGUCGCAAAAUCAAUUUCCUCAUAACAAUUAUCAGCCGGGCAAUGGUUCAUAUGCUUACCCAAUUUCUCAAGGUCUGCCUUUAUCCAAUCAGUCGGAUCACCAGGGUCAACAGAUCCCUCGCAAAAAAGUCGAUCGAUCAAGAUAUCCCAACAUGAAACCCUGCACUGAAGUCCUUAAUAAAUAUAUCGAAAGCAAUCACACUCUGAAAGGUUUCGUCAUGCCGGAGGAAUGUAAUGCGGCCAUACAUCUCGGAGUCGGUGACGCGGAAGGGCUACAGUUUCAUCUUGAUUCUGGGGAUGACGUGAACCGGAAUUAUGAUUACAAUGGUUUCUGCGAACCGCUUACACAUAUAGCCACUUUUAAUUGCAAAGGACAAAAACUAAAUCUGAUGUUAAAAAUAUUGAAAUACAAUAAUGCAGAUUUUGGCAUUAAGAAUAUGCAGAAGAAAACUGCUUUUCAUCGAUUGCAUGAUAACACGGGAUUUCGAAGAUUGUUUAAGGAAGACGAGGAGAAAUAUGUAAGGCGUAUGACGGAGGCAAUAGAAAUACUGUGCGAAAACCAUUGUCCAAUAAAUGCUCGUGAUAAGGAUGGCCGAACGGUGCUAUCAUACUUUUUGGCCGAGAAACAUGGUAAAUCCGAGAGUCAACAAUCCAUAAUUUCAACCUUGUUAAAAAUGGGUGCUAAUCCUAAUUUAUCGUGUACCAUCAAGGGACUGGGGCAGACAUUCUACGCGCCCACGGCAUUGUUCCUGGCCAUAGAAUUUGAAUGGCCGAUUAGCCUCAUUGAGUUGUUGAUGAAAAAAGGAGCGGACGCUCGGAAAUGGGACGCCACAAACAAGAUGAAUAUAUUGGGACUGGCAGUUCAGAAGAGGAAACAGGAUCUGAUCAAGUGGUUAUUAGAUCACAUUUCUUGUUUGUCCGAACCUGAGAGCAUUAAGGCGGCUAAGCGUAAGACAAGCCUCACGCAGUCGAUGCUAAUGUCAUGGCGUGGGAGAAAAACGAAAGAUAAUUUAGAAAAUUAUCCAUUGAUAGACGUCAAUGUCGACGCGGAUGACGAGGAUUCCGAAAAACCAUGGUUCAUCGAUGCGGUUAAUAAGAAAUAUGAGGAACACAAGCAACAAAAGGAAGAUGAUUCUGGAAAAAACGAUAGCAAGGAAAAAUGA